AUGCCCGGAGUGCCCUCUGGAAAAGCAUGCGAAGGCUGUCGCAAACUCAAGAAAAAGUGCGACGAGAAAACUCCCUCGUGUUCGCGAUGUAUCCGUCUCGGAUUGGAAUGCGUCGGGUCCGGUCAACAGCGAUACAAAUUUCAAUCGCAACAAGCAUUUGUUGUCGCCAGAACGAAGAAGACAAAUUCACAGACCAAAGCCCUGUCAACCACAUCGCAGCCCAAUCCCUUUUGCAAUGAAGCGGAUAUGGUCGCUUCGUUUCUUCGAUUACCGCCAAGCAGCAAAACUACAAUUCUCACUAGCCAAUACGUCCAAGCGAUCCAAUUAACGACCAACCUCAAAUACAACCUAGCUUGGGCAUACGGCUUUUUCAUGUUCGAGAUUCCGCGACGCAUGAACGAGAAUGAAGCAUUAGAUACUGCGGUUAAUGCGCUCAUUUGCUCGCAUUCCAAUUUUUGCGCGCGACAAGCAGUCUCUGCUGAGACGUUGAGUAGUUAUUCCCGCGCCUUACGCAGUUUGAGACAUUGUCUCGAUGACCCGGGCAAAGCUUCACAGACGGAAACUUUGUGUGCGGUAAUGCUACUUUUGAUUUGUCAGAACCUCAAUGGCGCCGAAGGACAGCGUUGGUCCGGCCACUGCGAAGGCGCCGCAAAGAUACUGAAAGCGCGAUCAUUCAGAAAACCUCGCGACGGUUUCGAAGCGCAACUACUCCUUUCAUUAAGAGGAAGUGUGUUAUUUGAAGGCCUAUUCAAUGAGAAUAUAGAAUUAGACCCGCAAGAUUGGAUCUCACUAGUAGGAUCCGACCUGGACCAAGACCUUCCCGAGGGAAAGUUGAUGCGAUAUCUGGCCAACGUACCAAGCAUACUCCGUCGCGCUCGCGCAGCAACUAAUGCAGACGAAAUCGCAAUCCUGCGAGGCGAAGUGAAACCCAUGUAUGAAGCGUCUCAGAAACUGCUGCUCCAAGUACACAAACAAUGGACCGACGGCCGCACCCUCGAUGCGAAUAAUGUGCUUAGAAACGUUAUACUACACGCGUACUUUCAACGUGCAUAUGGGAUCGGGCUUUUGAUUGUGAUUAUUUUAAACUGGGUGUUGCGCGCUUUCACCCCGCCCUUUGAUGCAAUUGAGCUCAUAGCCGACUCCACGAACCUCGUGACUCAAACUUUGGAACUGGCUCAGGCGGCUAAUAUUUACCGACCAUUAGGAGCGGGAUAUAUGCUCAUCGUCCUAAGUGCUGCAUGGAUUGCAGCCAGUAACGACAAUGAGAGGGUAACUGUGAAUGAUUUGCUACAGGAUUAUAGGCAGGAUUUUCCCGUGCGGGCCACGGACAAAUUCAUGAUUGAGUUGAGAUGGAUGGCCGAGCAGUUGCAGUAUUUGCCUGUAGGUUGUGCAUGA